GCGGCGGGGGCGUGGUCGCCGGCUCCCGGGCGCCGCCGUCCUCCCGUCCGUCCGUCUGUCUGUCCGUCCGCCCGUCCGUCCGUCCCGCCGGCCAUGAGCUCCACGCAGUUCAACAAGGGGCCCUCGUACGGGCUUUCGGCCGAGGUCAAGAACCGGCUCCUGUCCAAAUACGACCCUCAGAAGGAGGCGGAGCUCCGCGGCUGGAUCGAGGGCCUCACCGGCCUGUCCAUCGGCCCCGACUUCCAGAAGGGCCUCAAGGACGGGAUUAUCCUGUGCACACUCAUGAAUAAGCUGCAGCCGGGCUCCGUCCCCAAGAUCAACCGCUCCAUGCAGAACUGGCACCAGCUGGAAAACCUGUCCAACUUCAUCAAGGCCAUGGUCAGCUACGGCAUGAACCCCGUGGACCUGUUCGAGGCCAACGACCUGUUCGAGAGCGGGAACAUGACGCAGGUGCAGGUGUCUCUUCUCGCCCUGGCGGGGAAGGCCAAGACGAAGGGGCUGCAGAGCGGCGUGGACAUCGGCGUCAAGUACUCGGAGAAGCAGGAGCGGAACUUUGACGACGCCACCAUGAAGGCCGGCCAGUGCGUCAUCGGGCUCCAGAUGGGUACGAACAAGUGUGCCAGCCAGUCGGGCAUGACGGCCUACGGCACCAGGAGGCACUUGUACGACCCCAAGAACCACAUCCUGCCGCCCAUGGACCACUCGACCAUCAGCCUCCAGAUGGGCACCAACAAGUGUGCCAGCCAGGUGGGCAUGACGGCUCCCGGGACCCGGCGACACAUCUAUGACACCAAGCUGGGGACCGACAAGUGUGACAACUCCUCCAUGUCGCUGCAAAUGGGCUACACGCAGGGCGCCAACCAGAGCGGCCAGGUCUUUGGCCUCGGCCGCCAGAUAUACGACCCCAAGUACUGCCCGCAAGGCCCCGCAGCCGACGGCGCUCCAGCGGCCGCCGGCGACAGCCCCGGCCCGGGGGAGGCCCCGGAGUACCCCCCCUACUACCAGGAGGAGGCGGGCUACUGAGGUGUCUGCCCGCAUCAUCGCCCCGUCUGGGUUUUCGGGUUUUUCUGUGUUUUCGUCUUGUUUUUCCGCAUGUUCCAGCGCUGCCCCCGGGGGUCUGUGGGGAAGGCUGGAGGCUCCGGGGGCGGGGCGUGCGGGGUGGGGGUCCUGCCCGGGCUCGUCCUGCAGCCAGGUUCCCAGCAGGCUUUGGGCCGAGCUGGGGGGGUGCGGGGGAGACCCCGGGCAGGUAGGGGAACCGGCCCCGGAAGGUUUCCGGUUGCUUCAUCUCCUCUUCCGUCUUCUCUGCUGAGCAGUUUGUGGUUUCUGUGCCCGCAGAAGUUGCAGGCAGUUUUAACAAGAGAAAGAUGCUUCUUUUUUUUUUCAGGGGGGUGGGCGGGGACGGUGCAGGGGGUGCUGGGGAGGAAGUAGGUCCCCUGGGAGACGGCCAGGCCACAGUCCCGAGAUGUUUUGUGUGUUGGGAUGGACUGGAUUUCCUGAGGCCCAGACGGGACAGUGGAGUUCUGAGUGGUUGAGGCAAAGCCAGGCCCACUCCGCCCCCCCGAAACUUGUCCCCGCUCCCCCACCCCGCCCCCCGCCGCCAAGUACUGCACAGGGACCCCCACCCCGAGGCCCUCCCGGGGACCAGCCCCCACCCAGGAGCCCUGGGACCAAGAGAUAAUGUGAAAUACCAACUGUGGACCAAAGGCAAUAAAACCUCUUUCUAGGAAAA